CGGUCAGGGCUCGGUUCCCGGCCGGGGCACGUGCCCGGGCUGCGGGCUGCAGCCGACUCAUGACUCCCGUGUCACUGGUGUUUCUCUCUCUCUCUCCCUGUCCCUUCCUCUCUCUGAAACCAAUAAUGAUAUAGUUAAAAGAUCGUAAUAAUUCUCCCGCCAGCGCCGCGGGAGCGCAGCGAUUGGCCCGCGCGCACAGCGAUUGGCGCGCUCGCGGCGGAUAAAGGCGGGCGCGCGGGAACCCCCCCGCCCCCCGAGCGCCAUGAGCUGCGUGAACCUGCCCGCCGUGCUGCCCGGCUCCCCCAGCAAGGCCCGGGGGCAGAUCCAGGUGAUCUUCGGACCUAUGUUCUCAGGAAAAAGCACUGAGCUGAUGAGACGGGUCCAGCGCUUCCAGAUUGCCCAGUACAAGUGCUUGGUGAUCAAAUACGCCAAAGACACGCGGUACAGCAGCAAGUUCUCCACGCAUGACCGGAACACCAUGGAGGCGCUGCCUGCCAGCCUGCUGCAGGACGUGGUCCAGGAGGCCAUGGCCGUGACCGUCAUAGGCAUCGACGAGGGGCAGUUCUUCCCUGACAUCGUGGAGUUCAGCGAGACCAUGGCCAACGCCGGGAAGACUGUGAUCGUGGCUGCACUGGAUGGGACCUUCCAGAGGAAGGCUUUCGGGGUCAUCCUGAACCUGGUGCCCCUGGCGGAGAGCGUGGUGAAGCUGAACGCCGUGUGCAUGGGGUGCUUCCGAGAGGCCGCCUACACCAAGCGCCUGGGCACGGAGAAGGAGGUGGAGGUGAUCGGAGGCGCCGACAAGUACCACGCCGUGUGCCGCCUCUGCUACUUCAGGAAGGCGCAGGGCCCGCCGGACACCCGGGAGGACAAGGAGAACUGCCCGGGUGCAGGGUGA